CAGUUCCACCAGUCACAAUUGCGCGCUCGGGCAAGUCGCAUCUUUGCCGUCGAGCGAACCGAACCCACGUCACCAACUUUCCCAACGGAACUUUCUAACUGAAGUUUAGUUUCGUGCGUGCAAGUGCAUACUGAUUGCGGAGUGCUGUUCUUGUGUUGUUUGGUGUUGAUGUGGUGCUGCUGAAGAUGCGGGGCGCCCGGGAGGCGUUCUGCCUGCUGCUGCUGGUGGCGGCGGCCGCGGCGCAGGCUGACACGAGGCAUUUAUCAGGCGACACAAUAUGCCCCACCGGCAUGUUCCGCUGCCCCGAGGGCAAGUGCAUCCCCGCGCUGUGGGUGUGCAACUACCAGCGCGACUGCGACAAGGGCGAGGACGAGUUCCAGUCGUGCCCGCCGCCAGAAUGUGAGGCGGGGCAGCUGACGUGCGGACAGUACGUGUGGAACAAGACGUACUGCAUACCGCCGCACUACCGCUGCGACAUGCACGUCGACUGCGUGGACGGCACCGACGAGGCCGACUGCACAUACCGCAAAUGCCAGACAGACGACUUCCAGUGCGGGCUGGAGGGCUCGGGGACGGGCAAGGUGUCCACGCAGGGGCCUUGCAUUCCGAAGGAGAAGAAAUGCGACGGGUAUCUAGAUUGCAGAACAGGCAAAGAUGAACAGGAGUGUCCAGGGCAGUCGAUGGCGUGUCGACUCGAUCAGUUCAAGUGUGCUUCUGGAGACAAGUGUAUAGAUGCAUCUGCCAAGUGUGACCAUAAGGACGACUGUGGAGACAACUCGGAUGAGGCUGCUUGUAAUUUCCCACCGUGCCACAUCGGGCAGUUCCGCUGCAGCAACGCGCUCUGCAUCCCGGCCACGUACCACUGCGACGGCUACAAGGACUGCGCGGACGGCUCGGACGAGGCCAACUGCACCGCCAUCGCGUGCCCCGACAACAAGUACCUGUGCCCCAAGGGCGGGCCCGGCGGCACGCACAAGUGCAUCGCGCGCUCCCAGCUCUGUGACGGGAAGAGGGACUGUGAGGACAAUGCUGACGAAGAAACUGCUUGCUCAACAUCAUCGUGCCCGGUGCUGGAGUGUGAGCACAAGUGCAUGGCGUCCCCGCACGGCGGCGCGUGCACGUGCGUGGCCGGCCUCACGCUGUCGCCGGACAACCGCACGUGCGUGGACCGCGACGAGUGCCGCGAGUGGGGGCCCUGCCACCAGCUCUGCAUCAACACUCCUGGAUCGUACACCUGCGCCUGUGCACCGGGCUACACUCUCGGCGAACGUGGUCGCUGUACUGCCAGAUCGGAAGGCGCAUGGUUAGCCUUAGCUCACGAGCGCGGAGUGCUACGGUUAGACCUACUGGGCCGAGCGCCUUCGCCCCUCGCUAACUCCUCAACUGCAGCUGGUCUGGACUUCCACUAUCGACGGAACAUGUUGUUCUGGUCUGAUCUUAAAACUAGAAAGAUCCACUCGCAACAACUGAACGCACCAGCCGGCAUCACAACCUACGGAGGGAACGACAUCACCAUCGCCGGGUCCUGGGCGCCCGUCGCCCUGGCUGUGGACUGGGUGGGAGACAAGUUGUACGUGGCGGAUGCCAUCGGACAGAAGAUCGACGUGUUCGAGCUGGACGGGCGCUGGCACGCCGUGGUGCUGGGCUCCAACCUCACCAACCCCGCUGACAUUGCCUUGGAUCCAACGCUGGGUUUGAUGUUUGUUGCCGACAGUAGCCAAAUUAUCCGAGCGAACAUGGAUGGUACGCACACAAAGUCAAUCGUUACUGAAGCCACAUACAAAGCCUCUGGUAUCGCAGUUGACACCAUCGCCAGGAGAAUUUUCUGGUGCGACUCACUAUUGGACUACAUCGAAACUGUUGACUACGAUGGGAACUACAGAUUUUUAGUAUUAAGAGGCCAGCAGGUCCCGAGUCCUUCCAGACUAGCACUAUUUGGAGACAGAGUAUACUGGUCUGACAGCACGAAACAAGGCAUCAGUUCUGUCAAUAAAUAUGAGGGCUCCUCAAGUAUUCAGGCCAUUUAUAAGACAAAAGAUAUAAGAGAACCGAAAGCAUUGACAGUGGUGCACUCCCUCAAACAAACCUCAGUGAAUAAUCCUUGUGGAGUCAACAAUGGCGGGUGCUCACAAAUGUGUAUAGUGACCGCCUUGCAAAACGGAGGCUUGGGAUACAGGUGUGCGUGCAAUAUAGGAUAUAGCUUAGAAUCUGAUUUAAGAAACUGUGAUAUAGUUAAGGAGUUCCUUAUGUAUUCCCAGCAAAGGUUUAUUAAAGGAAAAGUUUUAAACCCAGUGAUCGAGGGCUUCAGCGAUGCGAUUUUGCCUGUAGUUUCCAGGCGAGCGCGAUUUGUCGGCUUGGAUUUCGACGCGAGAGACGAACAUAUUUACUACUCGGACGUUUUACAAGAUGUCAUUUAUCGAGUUCAUAGAAAUGGGACGACGAGGGAAAUCGUUUUGGCAUCCCAGAAUGAAGGAGUCGAAGGUUUAGCUGUGGACUGGGCGUCCAAAAACUUGUAUUAUAUUGACUCGAGGAAAGGGACGCUCAAUGUACUGUCGACACGAAAUAUAGCAUACAAGAGAACUUUAUUGAAAGAUUUGAAACGCCCGCGAGCGAUAGUAGUACACCCUAAUAAGGGAUACAUAUUUUUCUCAGAAUGGGACCGACCUGCGAACAUUAGUCGAGCGAAUACCGAUGGAACUGGGCUUUUGGUAUUUGAGAAUGUCACCUUGGGUUGGCCGAAUGGUUUGUCGAUAGAUUUCGACGCCAACAGAGUUUACUGGUGUGAUGCGCUUUUGGAUCACGUACAGCACGCUAAAUUGGACGGAACAGAUGUAAAAACAGUCAAUUCUAGACUAAUAAGGCAUCCAUUCUCGAUAGUGAUUUACGGAGAAUUUAUGUACAUUACCGACUGGAGGUUAGACGCUAUAGUACGCUUGCACAAACUGACGGGAGAACAGGAAGAUAUCAUGGUCAGAGAGCCGCAGACGAACAGGCUGUACGGCGUCAAAGUUUACAGUGAAGCGAUACAGAAGAUCGAUCCAAAUCAACCUUGCUCCAUAAACAAUGGCAACUGUCAGAAGUUCUGCUUUGCGAUACCGAGGAAUAAUACUGAGUUGUUAACAGUGAAGUGUGGAUGUCCGUACGGUGAGAAGUUGGCCCCGGAUGGGACCAGCUGUAUCGCGGAUCCUAAUGCGGAGCCGCCGGUGCAGGCCUGCCCCAACACCUGGGACUUCACCUGCAACAAUCAGCGAUGCAUCCCCAAGAGCUGGGUGUGCGACGGAGACGAUGACUGCUUGGACAACAGUGACGAAGAACAAAACUGCACCAAAACAACGUGUAGCGCGUCCGAAUUCAUGUGCAAAUCGGGCCGUUGCAUCCCCGCCACCUUCAAGUGCGACUCGGAGAACGACUGCGGAGACUUCUCCGACGAGACCGGCUGCGUCAACGUCACGUGCAGCGCCUCGCAGUUCCAGUGCGGCAACGGGCGCUGCGUGCCCAACACCUGGAAGUGCGACUCCGAGAACGACUGCGGCGACGGCUCGGACGAGGGCUCCCACUGCGCGGACAAGACUUGCGCUUACUUCCAGUUCACGUGUCCGCGCACGGGCCACUGCAUCCCCGCGUCGUGGGUGUGCGACGGCGACGACGACUGCUUCGACAAGCAGGACGAGGCCGACUGCCCGCCCGUCUCCUGCCUCGCCACGCAGUUCAAGUGCGCCGAUCUCAAGCAGUGUGUGCAGGAGGCAUACAAAUGCGACGGCAUUCCAGACUGUAACGACGGUUCAGACGAGGCGGGCUGUCCGUCCGUCGCGCCGCACCAGUGCGCGGCCGACCGCCAGUUCCAGUGCGUCUCAUCCGGCCUGUGCAUACCUCGGACCUGGUACUGUGAUGGCACCCCCGACUGCGAGGACCUGUCGGACGAGCCGGCGACGUGCGGCGCGGCGGCGUGCGGCGCGGGACACUUCCGCUGCGACAACGGCCGCUGCGUUUUCCGCGCGUACGUGUGCGACGGCCGCGACGACUGCGGCGACGGCUCUGACGAGGGCCUGCAGCACGCUUGCAAACCUCCGCCGUUCAGGUGCCCGUCAGGACAGUGGGCGUGUCCGGGGAUCUCGAACCGCUGCGUCAACCUCACUCAAGUGUGCGACGGCAACUUCGACUGUCCUAACAGCGCUGAUGAAGGUGUGGCUUGUGACUUCACCAACUGCCAACUCAGUUCCAGCCUCUGUUCGAACGAAUGUAAGCAGACACCCGACGGACCACUCUGCCUGUGCCCCAGCGGCGAGGAGUUGGAGUCCGAUGGUUACACUUGCAAGGACAUCAACGAAUGCGACCCUCCAGGACUAUGCUCCCAGAUCUGCACGAACACCAAGCGAUCCUACUUCUGCAGCUGUGUGGAAGGCUACGAGCUAAACGUUGACAAGCACUCCUGCAAAGCCAACAACCAUUCCAGCGCUUUCUUGAUAAUCUCCAACCGACACUCCAUCUUAGUAGCAGACCUUAAUGAACAAGGUCUCGAACGAGUCCCGAUUAACGUUGAAAAUGUCGUCGCAACCGCAUCUAACAUGCACACCGGAACUAUAUUCUGGUCGGAUAUGAAGCUUAAGAAGAUCUCUCGAUUGGAUCGGGGAAGCGAACCUCAAGUUAUCAUUUCCACUGGAUUGGAUUUAGUUGAAGGAUUAGCGUAUGAUUGGGUUGGUGGCAACAUUUACUGGUUAGACAGCAAACUCAAUACAAUCGAAGUGGCGAAAGAGGACGGAAGCGCAAGAACUGCAUUACUAAGUGGGAACAUAACUCAGCCCAGAGGAAUGUGCUUGGAUCCGGCACCAAACGCAAAAUGGCUGUUUUGGACAGACUGGGGAGAAAAUCCUCGCAUUGAAAGAGUCGGGAUGGACGGAACUCAUCGCGAAGCUAUUAUUACCACAAAAAUUUACUGGCCCAAUGGUUUGACCUUAGAUACAGCAACUCAAAGAGUUUACUUCGCUGAUUCCAAACUAGAUUUCAUAGAUUUCUGCUACUACAACGGCACGGGACGACAGCAAGUACUAUCGGGAAGUCAUUACUUGCUACAUCCUCACUCCCUUACAUUAUUCGAGGACACCUUGUACUGGACUGACCGUCAGCUUAACAGAGUUCUGUCUGCCCACAAGUUCAGAGGGACCAAUCAAACUGUGGUGUCCCAUUUGAUAUCUCAACCGUUAUCUAUUCACGUGCAUCAUCCAUCGCUGCAACCGCAGUAUCCAUCGCCGUGUAAGAAGGACACAUGUCAGCAUCUGUGCUUGCUGAGCCCCAACAACACAAGUGGCUACAGUUGUAUGUGCAAGCCUGGAUUCAAGCUGUUGCCUGAUGGCAAAUGUAUCGAAGAGGAGAGCGCAUAUUUGAUGGUACUGAAGGGAUCUCAAAUCAUUGAUCUGUCAACGGAUGGUUCCGGCAGGGCUGGACAACUACCUCCCGUUGUUGGUAUACAAGGUGGUAUACAAUUGGACUACGACCGUCAAGGUCACAUGCUGUACUGGCUCCAAUCUACCUCCGGCGAUACCGAGGACGACGAAAACUGCACAAUCUUUACUAUGCCUUAUGGCGGUGGCAAUAAAGUCGAAUUCAUUGGUCAAGACACCGGUAUCGUCGGCUCACCGUCUUCAAUAGCUUUUGACUGGCUCGGAAGAAACUUGUUCAUGGCCAAUAAAAUGGCGAGUAAUAUUGAACUAAUCCGAGUGGACGGCAAAGUGAAAUACAGGACGAUUGUCUUCGCAAAUGAUGGUAGCAGGACGUCCAUCGCCAAACCUAAGGGAAUAUGUCUGGACCCUACGGAAGGAAAAAUCUACUGGUCAGACGAGGGAGGUUACGGAGUCCCCGCAAAGAUCGGCAAAGUCAACAUGGACGGAAGCAACCCAGUUAUCCUUGUCGACAACAUCGAGCGACCCGAAGCAGUCACGAUCGACAUCGACCGGAAAAUCGUCUACUUCAGCACGCAGUACCCCGCCACCAUCAGCAGUAUGAACACCGAGGGAAACGACCGGAAAACUAUACUGACAGAAGCCAACGCCAUCUCUUACCCAAGAGUCAUAGCUGUGCUCGACUCCAGAUUAUACGUUCUGGACACUCGACACGAAAAAAUCAUCAAAGCUGACCUUCCCAAUGGAGAUAACAUCAAAGUUAUUUUGGACAACGAGAGUGAUUUGAAAUCUUUGACAAUAUUCCAGAAGAGGAAGAUGAUGCAUCAUCCCUGUUCCCUGAACAAUGGAGGAUGCGAACAGAUAUGCAUUCCCAGCGAAGGAGGAUCGAGGAUUUGUGCAUGCUCCAUCGGGUAUAGGAAAGAGAAUGAAGUCAACUGCGUCCCGUACAAGACUUUCGCUGUAGUGUCCCAACUUGAUCUCAUUCGAGGGUACAGUCUCGAUAGUAGCGCUGAAGCCAUGGUGCCAGUAACCGGUGUAGGCCAUCACAUCCUGCACGUUGAUAUUCACUUCGCAGAAAGCUAUAUUUACUGGGUCGAGUUUAACCGAGGACAAUGGAACGGUAUAUUCCGAGUCAGACCUAAUGGCUCAGAUCUACAACAUGUAGUCAAAGAGGGUAUCGGCAGCAACGGAAUACGAGGCUUGGCCGUCGACUGGGUCGCUGGAAACUUGUACUUCACUAAUGUCUUCCCACAUGAGAACUAUGUUGAGAUGUCCUGGCUCGACGGUUCCAACAGAAAGGUCCUUUAUAAAACCACUAUGGACGCCCCGAGGGAGUUAGCCGUCAACCCUCUAAAGAGACUCUUGUAUUGGAUUGAUUACGGCCAAUAUCCACGUAUCGGGAAGGCCUACCUCGACGGAAGCAACUGGCAGACGGUCGUCAGUUCCGGCAUAUCCAACCCCAGAGAUUUGACUAUCGAUAUGUUGACUCACGAUGUAUACUGGGUAGAUUCCAAACUUGACCAGAUACAAAAGAUCUCCUACAACGGUGGGAACAGACAGCUCAUCAGAUCCAACCUUCCCAACCCCAUGGGCAUAGCUAUACACACCGGCAGCGUGUACUGGGUCGAUAGAAACCUACAGACCAUUUACAAAGCCUCCAAAUUGCCGGGUAACAUGUCCAUGCCGGAAAAGAUACGCACCAACUUACCUAAGUUGAGAGACAUCGUCAUAUUCGACAUCAACAACCAACCCACCGAUGAGAACAACCCUUGUAGAAAACUCGGCAACGGCGGAUGCGAUCAGCUCUGCUUCAGUUAUCCACCAGACGCUAACAAAGGUUACACCCACCGAUGCGACUGCGCUACUGGACAGAUAUCUGCAAGCAAUCCUAAAAAGUGCGAUGUUGUUGAUGAAUACCUAGUUUUCACGACGAGAACUGAAAUCCGUGCCGUCAACUUGGACCCCAAAUCCACUGGUGUACCAUUCAAGCCUGUCGGCAAUCUCACGAAUGUUGUCGGGGUCGAAUUCGAUUACGCAGAUAACAAACUGUUCUUCACGCAAAUCAGACCUUACGCGAGAAUCGCUUGGAUGUCGGCCAACAACCCUGACGCUUCGGGCAUACAGAAUAUUAUCAGCAAGAAUAUCAACCCCGAAGGUAUUUCGUACGAUUGGACCCAGAAAAAAGUCUACUGGACUGACAGCUCUAACAAUUCCAUUUACGCGAUGAACUUGGACGGCACUGAAUUAGUAAUGAUAGCGAGAGUGGAACGCCCGAGAGCCAUCGUCGUGGAUCCCUGCAAUGGAACUUUGUACUAUACUGAUUGGGGACGGUUCGGAACAUCUGGAAAAAUCUACAGGACGACCAUGGCUGGAUCCCUCAAGAAGGCCAUCAUAGAUAAGGACUUAUCACAACCGAGCGGCCUCACGAUAGAUUUUGAAGAGAAUAUGCUCUACUGGACCGACGCCGUGCGGGAAAAGAUCGAACGCUCCAAAAUGGAUGGAAGCGACCGGGAAGUUUUAAUCUCGGCAACGAUCUAUCCAUUUGCGAUUACAGUGUUCAGAAACUACAUUUACUGGACCGAUCUUCAGUUGCGAGGCGUGUACAGAGCGGAGAAACAUACCGGUGCUAACAUGAUCGAGAUGGUGAAACGACUGGAGGACUCGCCCCGUGACAUUCAUAUAUACAGUACAAGUAGACAAGCGUGCCAGACCAACCUGUGCAAGAUUAACAAUGGAGGCUGCGCUCAGAGUUGCCACCCCGCGCCCAACAACACUGUCGAAUGUAAAUGUGAUGACGACACAAAAUUGGUCAAUGAGGGAAGAAUGUGUGUCGCCAAAAACAUCACCUGCGACUCCAGCAAAUUCUUCUGCGCGAACGGAAAAUGCAUCAGCAGGAUGUGGUCCUGCGACGGCGACGACGACUGCGGAGACAACUCCGACGAGGACAAGAACUACUGCUCCUACCACUCCUGCUCGCCCAACGAGUUCCGCUGCAACAAUGGACGCUGUAUAUUCAAAUCCUGGAAAUGCGACCACGAAAACGACUGUAAAGAUGGUUCCGAUGAGGAAGGCUGCGUGUACCCGCCGUGUGCGGAAGGAGAGUUCACCUGCCAGAACUCGCGCUGCAUUCCCAAAACACAAGUGUGCAAUGGGAUCAACGAUUGCAAAGACAACAUCACGUCCGAUGAGACGCAUGAGAGGUGUCCACGAAAUACGACGUGUCCAACGAAUCACCUUAAAUGCGAAAAAACGAAUAUCUGCGUCGAACCGUACUGGCUGUGCGAUGGCGACAACGACUGCGGCGACAACUCCGAUGAGGAUCCCCUACACUGCGCGCAAAGGACUUGUCCACAAAACAGCUUCCGCUGUCCCAACCACAGGUGUAUUCCAGCCACCUGGUACUGCGAUGGAGACGACGAUUGCGGGGACGGCGCCGACGAGCCGCCGGAAUACUGCCGCUCCGAGGGCAGGACCUGCUUCGGAGACCUGUUCACCUGCGACAACGGCAACUGUAUACCCAGAAUAUACAUCUGCGAUGGCGACAAUGAUUGCUUAGACAACAGCGACGAAGACGACAGGCACCAGUGCAACGAGCGUAAAUGUGACGCCGAAACGGAGUACACGUGCGAAGAAAACAAAUUCUGGAACAGAGCUCAGUGUAUUCCUAAAAAGUGGCUGUGCGAUGGCGACCCUGACUGUAUAGAUGGCGCAGAUGAAAAUACCACUCUACAUCACUGUUCCACCCCGACACCUUGCUCCGAGGACCAAUUCCAGUGCACCAACGGAAGAUGUAUCAAUGAAGGCUGGGUCUGCGACCACGACAAUGAUUGCGGAGACGGUUCCGAUGAAGGAAAGCAAUGCAACACGCAAUACAAGAAAUGCUCCACACACGAAUUUAGAUGUCAGAACUUCAAGUGUAUCCGAGACCACUUUAGAUGUGACGGCGAAGAUGACUGCGGAGAUCAUUCUGACGAAGUAGGCUGCACGAAGGAAAAUAAGACUUGUCCCGCGGGACAGUUCAAGUGUAACAACGAUCAGUGCAUCGACAAUAGACUCGUUUGCAACAAAGUCUCCGACUGUACGGAUGACUCGGACGAACCCGCGCAUUGCAACGUCGAUGAGUGUGCCAAGUUAGAAAUCAACCAGUGCGGACACAAAUGUAUAGACACGCUAACCGGAUACUACUGCGAUUGUAAUCAAGGCUACAAACUCUUGAGCGACGGUAAAGCCUGCGCUGACAUAGACGAAUGUACCGAGACCCCGGGCGUCUGCUCCCAGUAUUGUUCGAACACCCCCGGCUCCUACUACUGUAAGUGUUCCGAUCAGUAUUACGAAAGGGAAGCGGAUGAACAUACGUGUAAGAGAAAAGACAACAUCACCGCUUGGAUCAUAUUCACAAACAAGUACUACGUGAGAAACAUGUCCACUGAUGCCUCUUUGUAUAAUUUGGUGCAUCAAGACUUAAUGAAUGUGGUCGCUAUAGAUUUUGACUACAAAGAAAAUAAAAUGUACUUCGCUGAUGUUUCCGCCAAAAUCAUUUAUCGAUCUGAUUACACUGAUCCGAACCCAACGAAGGAAGUAGUGAUCCGACACGAUUCUCACGGCCUGGAAGGAAUUGCGAUCGAUUGGAUAGGAAGAAAGCUGUACUGGCUAGAUCGACAUUCGAAGAAUUUGGACGUAUCAGAGUUAGAUGGAACGAGAAGGAAAACACUCAAAACUGGAAUCGCAGAUCCGAGAGCUAUCGUCGUUCAUCCAGGGACCGGAUACUUGUACUACACUUCCUGGCACCUUCAAGCCUACAUUGGUAAGCUGGGUAUGGAUGGAUCCAACUUCACCACCGUUUUGAACUGGGAAGACGAUAUCGCCUGGCCCAAUGCUCUCACUAUUGACUAUUUCACGGACAGAAUUUAUUGGGCGGAUGCUCACUUGGACUACAUAGGCUCAGCCGAUUUGGAAGGAAAACACAGGCACGUCGUUUUAUCGGGAGAGAAAGUACCGCACGUUUUCGCUCUGAGCCUGUUCGAUGAUGAAAUCUAUUGGACCGAUUGGAAUCUUAAGGCCAUUCUUAAAGCGAAUAAGCAUUCCGGCGAGAACUUGACGACGCUUAGAAACGCUACUCACCGUCCAUACGACAUUCAUAUAGUCCACCCCUUGAGACAGCUGCCGUACAACAACCCUUGCGGAAACAACAACGGGGGCUGUUCGCAUCUCUGUCUCAUCGCUCCUCCGCACGAAUCCAGUUACCUGAAUAUCGAAGGCUACGGCGAGGAGGGUGCUACGACGUACAAAUGUGCUUGUCCCAACCAGUUCUACUUGGCGCGAGACUACAAGACUUGUAUAGCGAACUGUACCGACGGACAACAUAGAUGCAACGGCCGCGACGAAAAGUGUAUACCGUGGUUCUGGAAAUGUGACGGAGAAAAAGAUUGUACGGAUGGCUCCGACGAACCGGAAACCUGCCCGGUCAGACAUUGCAGAGCUGGCUCCUUCCAAUGUAAGAACACUAAUUGUACACCGGCUGCGACCAUUUGCGACGGCACGGACGAUUGUGGCGACGGAAGCGACGAGGCUCAGUGCGCCCACGAAUGUCCCCUCCUCGAGUUCAAGUGCAAGUCCAGCGGCCGGUGUAUACUGGACAGCUGGAAGUGCGACGGCGACACCGACUGCAAAGACAACAGCGACGAAGACCCGGCCAUGUGUCACAAUCGGCAGUGCAAGCCCGACACGGAGUUCGCUUGCAAGAACGGACGUUGCAUUCCCAAACUGUGGAUGUGCGACUUCGACAACGAUUGCGGGGACGACUCCGACGAACCGGCGUACAUGUGCAGGCAGAAGAAUUGUACGAACGGUUGGCGACGGUGCCCCGGCCAGUCGAACUACAGAUGCAUACCGAAAUGGCUGUUCUGCGAUGGCAAAGACGAUUGCAGAGAUGGCUCCGACGAAAUACCAGAGAACUGCCCCUCUUGUAACAGUCAAACCGAUUUCACUUGCCAGAACAAGCGCUGCAUACCGAAGCAAUGGCUCUGCGAUUUCACUGACGACUGUGGGGACGGAAGCGACGAAGUGGAAGCGGUGUGCCAGCACAAGUACAGAGAUUGCUCCGAAUCAGAAUUCAAGUGUGGCAAUGGGAAAUGUAUCUCGUCCAGGUGGCGAUGCGACCACGAAGACGACUGCGGAGAUAACACCGACGAAAUGGAUUGCGGUGGCUUCAAAUGCAAAAACGGAACGUUCCAAUGUAAAUCGGGCCACUGCAUCGCGGCGUACUUCAGGUGUGACGGUGACAGGGACUGCCGAGACUUGUCGGAUGAGAUCGGGUGUCCGCCGAGGUACCCCGGCGGCAGAUACUGUCCCGAGAGCAGGUUCCAGUGCGGCAACAACCUGUGUGUGUCACAAUCGGACCUGUGUGACGGGACGGACGACUGUGGAGACGGCUCAGACGAAGUUCCUUCGAUAUGCACCAACUUCAACUGUGACACCCUGCGUCGAUUCCACUGUGACAAUCAUAGAUGUGUGCCAAGGUACCAAGUGUGCGAUGGCGUGGACAACUGCGGCGACGGCUCGGACGAGAACAACAUGACCCUGUGCGCCGCGCGCGCCAAGCCCUGCGACCCGCUCGUGCAGUUCCAGUGCGCGAACCGCAACUGCGUGUCGCGGACGCAGCUCUGCGACCUGGCUGACGAUUGCGGAGACGGGUCGGACGAGCUGGGCUGCCAUCACACGCAUACGUGCUCGCCUGUCGACAAGGGCGGCUGCGAGCACUUCUGCACCAACCUGACGCUGCCGGGCGCGGGGCCGGGCAGCGGCGGCUACAUCUGCACCUGCUUCCAGGGCUGGAUCAUCUCGCGCGCCGACAACAAGCGCUGCGCCGACGUGGACGAGUGCGCGGCCGGCACGCACCGCUGCGCGCACCUCUGCACCAACCUCAACGGCAGCUACAGCUGCAGCUGUCGGGAAGGGUUCAAACUUGCUGACAGCUUAUCUGGUAUUUGCAAAGCAGUAGAAGGCGAAGUGGUGCUAAUGUAUGCCAACGGUCCUGAAAUACGGGCGUUUGUCCAAGACAAGAAUGAACAGUUCGAUGUUAUUACCUCCGAGAAGAGGAUAGAAGCCAUCGAUUACGACCCUAAACAAGAGAUGGUGUUCUGGGCAGACAGUUACGAUAAGACCAUCAAACGGUCUUACAUGAUCAACGCUAAGAAUGGAGAAGUUAAGAGUGGCUACGCUCAAGAUCUCAACAUGAAAGGAAACUCCAAACCGACCGCGAUAGCUGUAGACUACAUCGGUGAAAACUUGUACUGGACCGAAACAGAUAGAACCGGCUCGAAACCUAGAGGACGUGUAAUGGUCGCUAGAACCGACGGAAGAUACCGAAGAGCUAUUGUAUCCGCUGGAAUCGAAAGCCCAACGUCCUUAGUCCUUGAUCCUCAGCUAGGAAAAAUGUUCUGGACAGAUGCCGGUUCAGCUCCUAAAAUUGAAACGGCUUGGAUGGACGGUUCGAAGAGACGGCCGAUCAUUACAGAGAACGUCAGACAUCCAACCGGUCUAGCCAUCGACCACGCGAUGGAUCACACGAUUUAUUGGGCGGACACCAAACUCAAUACGAUAGAAAUGAUCAAACACGACGGAACCAACCGUAAAGUCAUAUUAAAGGGUGAUUUCCUGAAACACCCGUUGUCUUUGGAUGUGUUCGAGUCGUCGCUGUACUGGGUUACGAGGGACACUGGCGAGUUGGUGAGACAGGACAAGUUCGGACGGGGAGUGCCAUUCGUUAUAUCGAAGGAUCUAGUCAACCCAUCGGCUGUGAAAGUGUACCACCCCCUGCGCUACAACAUGUCGCUGUCGUCGCGCGGCGGCUGCUCGCGCGCGCCGUGCUCGCACCUCUGCCUGGCCGUGCCCGCGGGCCGCCGCUGCGCCUGUCCCGACCUGCUCACCCCGCCCAAGCGCGCCACGCUCGAGCUCGCCUGUGAUGCAGCGAUUGAAAGUGAACGGCCUCCGCCCAAAGUCUGCCCGUGCCAGAACGGUGGCACGUGCACGGAAGGCUCGGACGGCACGCUGCAGUGCACGUGCCGCGCGCCGCUCCAGCCGCCCUUCUGCGCCUCGGCCGCGGCCGCCACGCAGGAACGCUCGUCCUCGGCUGCGGCGAUAGUGGUGCCGGUGCUGUUGGUGCUGGUGCUGGCGCUAGCGGCGGCGGCAGGCUGGUUCAUCAUCAGGAAGAGGCCAUUCGGCAAAGGCGGCGGCCUCGGCAGCCUAGCGUCCUCUCAGUCAGUGUCGUUCCGCGCUGGCUCCAACGUGGAGUUCGGCGCGGGGCUGGCGGGUGCGCCGGGCGCCGCGGGGGCCGCGGGGGACGUGUACGCCUUGGACGAGCCCGCCAGGAAGGGGAGGGACUUCAGCAACCCCAUGUACGAAGCCGUCACCAGAGCCACCGCGGCCGGCGAGCCCGAGCCGCCUUUGCCGGGCAUCUACGAGGUGCCUGAAGAACUGAAAGAGAAGGUAGUAUCAGCAGUAAUAUCUCCUUCCUCGACGGAGACGCGGAGUACGAAGCGGGUGCGAGCGCUCGACCCGGCGGCCGACACCGGCGCCGACACCGCGCAGCUGGUCAGAGAAGACCGCGAUUGCUAGCAUUACAUCCCCUCCCCGCCGCACCCGCCACCGCCGCCACCCCCGCCACCCCCGCCGUCCUGGCGCUCCGACUCCUCGGUAACCAAGCAGAAGCACCCCCUUAAACGUCCAUUCUCUUCAAAUAAACCUCAAAAUGGGGUAGUGAAGAAGGUAAAAGAUCCAGAUCUUCUGCUUUCUCCACUACUUCUUUUCGACUAUCUUCGAUCUCCCGCGUAGAUAAUAUGGAGGGAUUGUAAGGUUCACAUUUUAAGAACUUAUUGGUGGUAUAAUAAUAGCUUAAAAUGCUAGUGUACUUAAAAUGUGAACAUGUCUAUAUCCGUAGUCUUAUAAUGUGAAGAUAGCCUAAUAUCUGCGAAGGAGCGUAAAUUAUAAUUCUCUCUCUUUCUCUUAUAACAAAAAUACCGACGGCCUAGAGCUGUGAAAUCUAUAGAUUAUAAUAUAUCGGUAGUUUGCAGGGAUCGAAUUACCGGUAAUUGUUACGUGUGAUACCAAAGUACCAUUACGUUAAUGUUAAAAAGUAGGUAACGAUAAAAAUAACGAUACCAAUAUAACAGCCGUUAAUACCGGUAAAAGUAAAGCUUCUUACACUGGUAAUUAUAUAUCUAUCUCUAUCUAAAGAUGCCGUGUACAAUGGUAGCAUCUUCUCUUUAAGCGCAUUUAAGUAAUGAUAAAAAUAUAACGUUAAAUCAUAUUGGUAUACUGUUGCUAUUAACGUUACUUUUUUAACAUGACGUAUCGAAAUAUUUUGGUAAUUUUAACUUUGGAAAUUUAAAACCGGUAACUGUCCCUAAGACUACCUUUUUUCUUUCAACAGAGUGCCACUGUUACCAACGUUUAAUUUAUUUAAGGGGGUGGUGUGAAAUGUGAACAAGGAAAAGUCUUCUGUGAAGAAGUUUUAAGUUUUUGAGGGAACAAUGGGUGCGGGUCUUGUUUUAAUAAGUAAUAUAAGGAUAUUAUUUUCACAAGCUAAAACUAAAGAAUGAAAUAUGCUGCACAAAUCUAUGCUGCUCGAUUUAAUUCAAUUAUUCUGAACUUUUUUACUCUAAAUAAUUUUUUACUCUAUUUUAACUAUCCCGUCCAUCUUUAUUCAGUAUUUAUGUCUUUUUAAUUUUAGUUAAGGUUUAUUCGAGGGAAUUAUACUAUCCAAUUUAUGCAGUUGGUAACCCCUGGCAGGAGCUUCUCGUUUUCGAAUUUCUUCUCGUUUUACCGCUGUUGAAUGUUUUUAUAUUUUAUUUUGUUUGAAUAUAUUAAUUUUAAUCUGUUAUAACUAUUUCUGUGCUACUUGUUUUACUUCCGGCCGUACUUAUGUGUCAGUAUUUUUCUUUUUUGUUCGUCGUCGAUCGAAAUCAUAUCAUUACGUGAUAUCAUCUCGUUAGGUAUAUGUAUAUUAUGAGACUUUUAUAUUGAAAUAGACUAACGAUUUAUCUCGGCGUUGCUCGAGGUAAUCUAUAGGCUUAUGGGAAGCAAUAAAAGCCCACUUUUGACCGUUCUACAUUCCUAUGAUUAAGUGUUAAAAGAGAAAUUUGAUUUUAGUACAUAAAUGUAAGUAAGAUAGGAAUUGCGACGACCGCGGCCGCUGUCUAUAGGGUUUUAGGUUCAUUUGACAAUAAGCGACGUAACUAUUUAGAGAAUAAUUUAUUUAUUUCGUUAUAAGACUAUGUAAAAUAUAGCUAUGUUGUGUUUUAUAAUUGUCUAUUAAAAUAUGGUAAAUUAGAUUUCCCUUUGUGGUAAUAUUGACGAUUUGCCAUAAAAUGUGUGAGAUAAUGUUUCUGUUGUUUAAUGUUAAAAUAAUUAUCGUCAAUUUUAUUUGUUAUAGAAGCCUUUAAUCGAUGUAAAUAUGUGCGUUCAGGUAUGUGAUGUGUACAUUUUUAAUAGAAAAUUUUAAAUAUAUUAUGAACUAGAUCUUAUUACUAAUUUUACUGUCUAACAUCAUGUGGUGAUAUUAUUUCUUAAGUUUUUAUUUUUGUAAGCCUUAUAUAAUACUGUUUAAUCACUCCGUUGCGAAAUACGUGUAUCAUUGUUUUAUUUAUUUUAUAGUAACGUGACUUUAAAGUUUGAGCUCAUUGAGUAGUGGUUUAUGUAUAUUAUGCACCAAACUUUACAUCACAGUUGACAGUAAAAUUAGUGAAUGGACAUAAUGUAUAGAAAAAUGUGAAUAUAUAAGUAAAACAUCACAACAAUUUUUAUAUUACUACAUGAUAUUAUGACCAGAAGCACAUUAGAAUGAAAGUAACUAUACACUUGUAAAAACUGUCAAUAUAAUGAAUAAGAAGAUGAAAAUAUUUUUGUAUUGGGAUUAUUAUUAUUAGUUGUUUGACAUUAGUCGAGAAUAUUGUGUAAAAAUAAAUGAAUUACAAUA